CCCUCAACAAUUUAAACUACCAGCCUCCUCAACUCAAUCACCUCCCUUUCCAACAGAUAAUUUUAAAAAACAACAAAUACAGGAACGAAUAAAGAGAGGCAAGUUUCCAAAAAUUUUCUUGGAUAAGAAAUUUAAAAUUAAAUUAAAAAGGUGUCCGAAUCCCCCAUAGCGGCCUGUUCCGUAUCGACUCAACGUGUCAAUGUCACGAUCGGGACUACCCUCCCUGGACUGGUGAGAUCCAUGGAAUGUCACAAGCAUUGCUUAGCAAGUCGCUCCAAUUGCGGGUUUUUUGGUGGAUGGUUUUGGUGCUGUGUACUUGUUGUGGAACAGCUACUACUGUACUUGUUAUUAUUGAAUAUAUUCGUGGGCCCACAGCUUCAAGUACUACUAUACGAUUGGUCCCUAGCCUCGAAUUGCCAGCAAUUACAAUAUGUCCAAAGGUUCCAGAUGCCUUCAACUUUGACGCUCUUUAUCGAGAUAUGAACGAAAAAAUAGGAGGAAUAAAUACAGACGUUGCAAGAGAUCUUGUGAGGUAA